GUUGUUCUUACAAAGUUAUCGUGCCCGUAGCAACGCUCGAGCUUCUGUCCGCUCGCGAAAAAAAGUAUAGGAAAGCAAAAACGUGUUUAAAACAGCAACAAAACUUAUACAACUGCAACACAUAUAAAUACAUAUGUGUAUACGCUAGAAAAUGCAACAUGAGAAGUGAUUAAUACAAAAAUAAAACGUUAGAAAGAAAAGCCGCGCAAUAAAAUUUUAUGCGACGCAGCCGUGCAAAAAUACCAAAAAGGGCAAAGAAAGCCAAGCAUGCGGCAAAAAAAAAACAGUGCUGAAGCAAGUGAUAAUUAUAAAAAUACACGCUGAAUAGAAUUUUGUGCGUGUCUGUAGUUGCUGUGUGUGUGUGAGUGUGCUUUUAUUCAUGUUAAUUUGAUAACAAUACAACAACAACCACAAUAACAACAAAUAUAAAUGCACAUAAAGUGAAUGUGUGCGAGGAGAGCAGCUGUCUGUGUGUGAACAAGAUGCGCAAAAAUGUCAAUUAAUUAAAACAAAAAAAUAUCAACUAGAAACGCGACAGCGCAAAAAAGGUGCGAAUGAAGCGCAAGAAAAAAAGCAAAAAAUCAAUAGGCAAAACAGAAUGCGAAAAUGUGUCGAUAUUGUUAUUGUUUUUAUUAUUAUUGUUGUUAUGAUUAUUGUGAAAAUCAAUGCGAUAGAACAAUGCUAUUAAUAAAUAAAUAUUCACAGUUGCCGCGCUGACGUGUUGCCUACGCAAAUGAUGCGUUGCUGCAUGUGCGAAAUUGCGUAAUUUUUUGUUGGUAUUGGGAAACGUUUGCAAAAGCCGCAAAUCAAAGUUUACCCUUUAGAAUCAACGCUUCAAACUUCACCACACUUUACACAUUCUUUUUCCCCACCACUCUCUUACGCUCGCGCUCUCUCUCUCUCGCGCUUUUGUAUAUUCCGGUCGCCCGUUCCCUCUCUUUUUCUCUCUCGCUCGCUCACUCGCGUGUGAUCAAAGGUGUUUGGCAUGGCAGCCGCAACAGAUGGCUCUGCCAAAACGGCAGCAUCGCUGCCAUUAACAGCGAAUGGCAAUGUUAAAGCAACGCCAAAGCUUAAACUCAAUUCACCGCAACCAGCAUCAUCAUCAUCAUCAGCAUCACCAACGGCAGCCAAAGUGGCGACUGCUUCGUCAGCGGCCACUGCUUCGUCUUCUUCGUCGUCCGCAUCCGGUUUGCCGGCUUCGGUGUCGCAUUUCUACUACAAGCACGGCUUGUUUCUCUCAAGCUAUCCAACAUGCGCCUCCAGCAUUGCCCUCAUGGCCAUUUUGCUUUCGUGUUAUCCACUGAUUAAUAUACCAUUGCCGGGCACAAUACCCACUAAAAUUGUGCUACCCUACGAUGGACGCUACACGCCGCUUUUUGGCGAAACGGAAUCCACAACAACAACAACAACAUCAUCGACAACAGCUGCUUAUAAUCAAAGUGGAGCCAGUGGAGCAACAGUCAAUGGCAGCAGAGGGAGUGGAGAUAACGGAGCUGGGGGUGGAGAACGUGGCAGUCUGCCCUGGGCACAGAGCAGCCCGGCGCUGUACGUGCAACAGAUAACGUUGCGGGCGAGCGUUCUGCCCUGGACCGAUGAGAUGCAGUUAAUGGAUGCGUUCCGAGCGCCGCUCUACGAAGUUUUUAAAUUGCUCGAAAUUGUGCGCAAUCAUCAGAGCAGCGAGAAUCAGCGCACAUUGGAGCAAAAUUGCCUGCAUGUGGACAAUGUUAAACGGGGCGCUCACGGUCAACUCGAUCAGAUCUUUCCCGAAUAUGGCUGCCUUUUGUUAUCGCCAGCGAAUUUAUGGACACAGAAUGCACAGAAUUUUACCAGAGAUACAAAUAUAUUAAACACUAUCUUUCAAUAUCAUAAUCUGCAAAAAUCGAAAGUUUCGACGGCGGAAAUGUUAUUCGGAUUGCCCAUGCAGGAUACGGGAUUCAAGCGUUAUCCACUCCGAGCACGCUCCCGCAUUAUACAAUAUGCAAUGACGCUGAUCCUGAAUAAGAAUGAUGCCGAGUAUUUGGAGACGUUGAAGGAGAAAUUAUUGCGUUAUUAUCCACCACUGACGGGAGCUGGAAAAGCAAAUGUGCCGCAGCAGCAGGAGCAGGAUGAGGAGGAGGACGAACCGGCCACAAUAACAUACAUCUUUUAUCCGGGCGAAUUUAAAAUCUGGGAAUUUUUACCCUUAUCGCUGGCCUUCGUUGUGGUCUUCAUUUAUGUGUAUUUCUCGGUGCGAAAAAUCGACGUAUUCCGUUCGAGAGUGUUGCUGGCGCUGUGCAGCGUUUUUACCACCUUGGGCAGCCUGGCCAUGUCCCUGGGACUUUGUUUCUUCUUUGGCUUGACCAUCUCACUGCAGUCCAAGGAUAUAUUCCCGUAUCUGGUUAUACUGGUGGGCCUGGAGAACAGUUUGGUCAUCACGAAGAGUGUCGUCUCCAUGGAUGAGACUUUUGAUGUGAAGAUACGCGUGGCACAGGCUCUGAGUAAGGAAGGCUGGCACAUCUCGAAGACGCUGCUUACAGAGAUUACCAUAUUGACCAUUGGACUGGCCACCUUUGUACCAGUGAUCCAAGAGUUUUGUGUAUUUGCCAUUGUAGGAUUACUCUCGGAUUUUAUGCUACAAAUGCUGCUCUUCUCGACCAUACUGGCAAUGAAUAUAAAGCGGGCGGAAUACACAACGGAAGCGAAGCAUUUGCCCAAAAUGAUGCUGAGCUGCACGCUGGGCAAUAAUACAAAUGCGGCUGCUCGACAGGAUUUUCGUUUCUUUGGCGCUGCACCCUUUGUGCCCGGCACCUUUCAACGCUCCCAAUCCCACCCCAAGCUCUGUUUUGCGGACACCGUGACAGUGGGUGGGGAACGCAGUCCACUGGUCAAUGGACAUGGAGGCGGUCAUUCGGCGCAGGAGGCACGCAUCCCCAAGCGCAUUAAGAUUGUGAAUUUCUGGGCACGCACACGUUUCUUUCAGCGCGCCUUCAUGAUCUGGAUGAGUGUGUGGAUCUGCUCGAUCCUCUAUAACUCUGGCUGCCUGGAGCAGUUGUUCAGUCUACAGAGUAAUGGCACCAUGAGCACCUCUUAUGAGUUGCAACGUCAUCUGCAGGCGACUCGCGGUGCCGUCUCCAGUUUCUUGAAAGGAUUCAAGCCAGCUGGCGAACGGCACAAUUAUGUGCAGUCAACAACUGAACAGCCACCACAUGAUUUCAAUGAGACGGCGGCGGAAUUGUUGCGUCUACGUUAUCCUAAUUUUGAGCUCAACUAUUUUCUGUCCAAUUUCCAUUGGUCGACGAUCAUGAAGCAGUACAAUGUCUCGCUGAGUGGACAAUAUGUUACGCUCCUGCCCACGAUUCGACUCACCCAUGCCAUCUCACCAGAGUUGGCAACGUUGUUGCGUAAUCCGCAGGAGCAACUGCAACAGAAUUUCCAAUGGAAAGCUUUGGCGGCCGCCUUGGAUCCACUCGACUUCAAUGAUGAUGAUGCGCGUCGGGAAUCGCCAAUGGUUAUGCCUGGUGGCACACCACUGGUGCCCAAGAGUCCCAUGGAGAUCUUCUUCGCCAUUAUGCUGUGCUGCAUCAGCAUCUUUGUGCUGUGCUACACCAUGGUCGUUUUCUAUCGCUGCAUCUGCACCCGCAACUAUGCCGAAUGGCGUUCCAGUUGGCAUGAAUCCGAGGCGCCGUAUAAACAAACCGAACACAUUUUGGAGGGCGUUCCGACACAGAUUGCAGGGCAUAAGCAUCGCAUCGAGUGCUUGGUGUCUGAUGGCAAUUACAUCAUCAGUUGCUGUCUCAAGGGACAGAUACGCGUCUGGGAUGGACGCAGUGGGGAGCAGUUGGCCAGCAUUGGACGCAGCGAUAUGCAAAUUGCCCAGCCACGUCAGGAUGGGCAAACGCUGUUGCGCAAGUUGCACACAUCGCCGGUAUGGUGUCUGGACUAUUUCGAUAAUCUCAUUGCGGUCGGGUGUGCCAAUGGUCGGGUGGAACUGUGGGAGGCACCCGCCGGUGUCCUCAAGUGUGCCUAUCAGGAGGAUGCGAAACGGAAUCAAGGCAUUACUCACAUCCAUUUAAAUGGGGAUCGUGUGAUUGUCGCUCGCCUCAAUGGUCGACUCGAUUUCUAUCGCCUGGAGACAUACUACAAGGGCAAACAAAUCGAUUGGGGCUUCACCUCGGCUUACAGACGCACACAUGUUCGCACCGGUUCGACGGGCAGCAUUGGGCUGAUGCAGCAGCCGCAUCAGCAGCGUGGCCCACAGACCACCAAGGAGGAAAUGAAGAUAACGCUGGAAGGGGUGCGCUUAGCGCAUCAGCAGCCCAUCACCUGCAUGCAGGUGGUCAACGAUAUGGUCUUCACCGGUAGUAAAGAUCACACACUAAAGGUAUAUUGCCUUAACAAGUCGGAUAUGGAGUAUACGUUACAUGGACAUUGUGGUCCUGUCACCUGCCUCUUUGUCGAUCGCUGGCAGCCGGGCACUGGUGGCUCUGGUUCGCAGGAUGGGUUGCUUUGUGUCUGGGAUCUCUUUACGGGCGCCUGUUUGUACAACAUUCAGGCGCACGAUGGCGCCGUCAGCUGCUUGGCCUGUGCGCCCAGCUAUGUCAUCUCCCUGGGCACAGACGAGCGAAUCUGCGUCUGGGAGCGCUUUCAGGGCAACCUGCUCACCACCAUCAACAUCUCGAAUGCAUAUUCGAGCCUAUUAAUGCUAACGCCGUCGCUGCUAGUCACCAGCAAGAUGGGUUCUCUGAUUGUGUGGGAUGUGCGAACUGGACAGCCGGCACGCGAGGUUAAGCUGGACUUUGCCAAUCUGCAGCUGUGCCCCAAGAUAAUGAUGCUUGCCUGCGACUCGGUUGUCUGCGAUUACGGCAAUGAGAUACGCGUUGUGCGCUUUCCCAUUGUGGCCGAUAAGUGCCACUAAUGAUUAAAAUUGAAGACAUGAAUUUAAUUUGUAGUACAGUGUAAUAUUUAAGUCCAUCUGUUUGAAUUAAUUUUAAAAAUUGUAA